AUGCCUCCAAAGCGCAGUGCGCACACUGCGAAAGCCCCUUCGAAACCGAGGGCCGAGAGGCCGAAGACCAGGAAGGCCAAGGCCAAGAACGAGUCGUCCGCGCUGAGGGAGGCCACGGAGGCGGCCGAGGAGGCGGUGCGCUCUCGUAGCAGCACGCCGGAGGAUGGGCGCCGGUCUCGGAGUCGGAGCAAGACUCCCGAGGCCGUGCCAAGUAAUGAGGAGAGCUGUCAGCCCCAGUCGGUGCAGGCCAAGCCAGGCUUCGACUGGACGGCCAGUAUCGAGAACUUCACGCUGGUUGUGCAUUCCGGUGGGAUCUCACCUGAGGGCAGCAAGAACGCUGCCAAAGCCGAAGCGCUUGCGGCGAGCAGCGCGCCCAGCUCUCCGCUCAUCGCGGAGGCCGAGGACGUGGAGAAAGGCGACGUCGUCAUGGCCGACACGGAAUCUGUUGCCGAUAAGUCGCUGAACGACGCGGGCUUCGAACCCAAGGCGGUGCCGUCACCCAUGCAUCUGACGCUGGCACAAGGUGGUGAGCGUGCCCAAGCGUCUAAGGCGGCUGCCGCAUCGAAGGCCGCUGCUGCCGCGAAGGCCAACGAGACCAGUGCGAAGAAGCGCGCCGCCUCCAGGUCGCCUCGCGGCUUCAGAUCCAAGCUGUUCAGUGAAUCGGAGUCGGAGGACAAGGGAGGCGGGGGUACCACGCAUCCGCAGGGCUACUUCCCACCCGAGCCUGGCAAUGGUGCGCCGCACCUGUUGGAGAGGCUCUCGGCUCCUUGUGGUCUUAUCGGCGGAUACACCUCGAUGGGUUCCUAUGAGCGUGCUCUCAUGGAGAAGGAGCCACACUUCUUGGUGACGUCAAAGCCGCCCGACCUCUUCUGGCGCUACGUCCAGCGCAAAGGGUAUACCGACCAAGAGUUCAAAGAACUCCGUGAGGACCGCACGCUGUCCGUUAUCCUGGACUUGCGCGAGCUCCGCAUCGAGGUCGCUCAACUCAUGAGCAAGCGCAUGCUCCGGCCGAAGCUGGACGAGCUAAAGCAAGAGGCGAGAGCCAAAGCUCGUGAAAAGCGUAGGCGCGCCUUCGGCAGUCUGCCUGGAGCUGCUCAACGGGCUCCCACGAGUUAUCCGACUCAGGGUAACCCCUCCCCUUCACGAGCAGCUGGCGCUUGCCAUGUAUUGCCGCUCCCGGACGGCUCGUUUUACGUGGUAGUGGAUCCGUCCAUUACGAUCAAGGAGGGCCGGCAGUGGCCUUGCGUGACCAUGGCUACGAGCCUGAGGAAACGCACCGUAUGCUGGGGCCCCGAGUCAGAGGAGAUUCGUCUUCUCCGGGACCGCGUGUACGCCCUCGAGAUUGCGCAUGGCGUCGGCCUUGGUGACAUGACUGCCUCUCGUGCUGGUCAGCCGGAUGCCAUCUUGGGCGGACAUCUUCUGGUGUUGUCGCCCGGGAAGUUCUGA